ACAUUACAAGAAAUUAAGAAAAUUACCGUUUAGAGAAAUUAUUAAUUGACGUAAAUAUUGUGACAGUUUUGUGUAAUAAUCAAAAGUCGAUGCAUUAAUGAACGCGACAAAUUGAUAAUUCUUAAUCCGACCGUUCUACAUUCAAGUGUAGGAACGGGAAUAUCCGUACAAAAGAAAAAUUAUAUCUCGCUAUCUUAAAAUAGAUAAGCUGUACACUCAGUUAUCUCUUAUCAAAGGUGUGAUUCAGUACGUUAGGUGGACAUUUUACAGUUAACUACGACAGCGAUUCGAUCCUAUUCUUUCGUUUUUCAUCUAUUAAUUUUUUACGAGAAAAUAAAAUGUGGUCGAAAAAGUUUGUGUGCUAUCUAACUAUAGCUUUACUUGUAAUGGGAAUAUUCCUGGAGGAGGUCGAAGCAAGGCGCAAAAUUUUGAGGGGCCGAAAAACAAUAACCAGACGUUAUUACAAGGGUACGGCAAUUCCAGCCUGGGCAAUAGUGCUCUUAACGGGUAUCGGCAUGCUACUACUCGGCGGUGGACUUUAUGCGUUAUUACAGAAAUUUGUAGUGGACUCCGCGGACACUGUGGAUGGCCAACAUUCCUAUCAACCUGCGUUGCAGAUCGAAAGUUGAGUUAGUUUUCCUACCUCUCGUUUCCGCUCCCUUCUCCCAAACUUAUUCUCAUCUAUCAUUGUAUUAAAUAUUCAAUUGUAAAUUAUAUAUCAACAAUUUCGAAUAAACUUUUUUUGUAAAAAUAG